AUGGUUCAAGACAUUUAUGAUGAAAUUGAGUUUGGAUUAUUUUCUUGUGAGCCACAAUCAUUCCAAAAAUCUUCUCAAAAAGAAUAUUGGCAAAAAGAAAUGAAGGACGAGGUAUCUACAAUUGAGAAAAAUUCAACAUGGGAACUUGUGGACUUGCCAGAUGGAAAGAAAAUUAUUGGUUUAAAAUGGGUCUACAAAGUAAAGUACAGUGAGGAUGGUUUGAUUCAAAAACAUAAAGCUCGACUUGUCGCAAAGGGUUAUUCUCAACAACCGGGAAUUGACUUCUCAGAAACUUAUGCUCAUGUUGCAAGAAUGGAGACAAUCCGUACUUGUGUAGCCAUUGCAGCUCAAUUGGAGAUGGAGAAUCAGCCAACAGAUAUCAUGACCAAAACCGUCACGAUUGAUAAAUUUGACAAAUUCAAGAAGAAACUCAAGAUUACUAAUUAA